AUGGCAAAAUUUGAAGAAGGCACAGAAAGCGAAAUCGCUCACUACUACAAUGAUGUCGAAACAAUGAGACUAGUGAAUUCGAUGGCAAGCAUAAUUGGUAUUCCCGUCGAAGAGGUUUGGGAAGCUUAUGGUGGUUUCCUCAUUCAAUUCACCAUGGAGACAGGAUGGGACGAACUAUUGCGCGCGAUGGCCAGCGAUCUCGAGGGCUUUCUCGAUUCGCUUGACUCGCUGCAUUACUUCAUCGAUCAUGUUGUCUACCAAACAAAACUGCGUGGUCCAUCGUUCCGAUGCGAGGCACAGCCAGAUGGAACGCUGCUUCUUCACUACUAUUCAAAAAGAAGUGGACUUUAUCCGAUCGUUAAAGGUUGUUAUUGACA